AUUGAUAUUUUUGAAAGAACAGAAGCUUGGCAAGAUACAUCGGUGCUCUAAUGCAUAAUUUAGUCUUUCCCUCAAAACAUCGCCGAGACACUCACAUUUUUAAUCACUGAUCUGCGCUUGCUAUGAAUUCUGUCUUGGACUGACCUUCGCCGCUGCCCAUCAUCUGAAAUCGUUUUUAACUCAUAUACGGAUCUCACUUAAACGAUUGUUACUUUUAACCGCGGUAUACUUUGAUUUUUUGAUUUUUAGUCUGAAUCAGACGUAAUUACUGGCAGAUUCACGGGACAAUGCCGAAAUACACGGAAUCAGUUCCAGCUCAGAUCGGCAUAACCACAGCCAACUCUAUCCUCGCUGUCUUAAACAUCGUUGGUAAUUGCCUGGUUUGCCUUGUCGUGAUAAAGCACCAAGACAUGAGAACUUCCGUCAACUAUCUUCUCAUGAACCUUGCUGUUGCUGACAUGCUUGUGGGACUAUUCUUUACACCACAAUACAUCUUCAUGCAUAUGUUUACUCAUCCUGGCGGUGUGACUGGCACAGUCCUUUGCAGACUGUUGACAGGUAGCAACGUGGCCUGGGUAGGAGGUGCCACAUCCGUGUUCACAUUGGUUGUCAUAGCAAUUGAACGCUACAGUGCUGUCAUGGAUCCAUUUGGAAAUAGAGGAAGGCUUACGACACGCAGACUUAAGGUGAUCAUUCCGUGUUCCUGGCUUUUUGGAUUGGUGAUUAAUUUUCCAGGUUUUUUGGUCAAGAAUUUUGACGCAAAAGCAGCUUUCUGCAUCAGACGAUACCCUGAGGAAUGGAUGGCCAAAACUUAUACGCUGAUUUGGUUUCUUCUAUUGGCGUUUUUUCCGGUUGUGAUAAUGGCCGCACUUUACUCCAGAGUCGUUCAUACUUUAUGGUUUCAUCGCCCACAGCACCAUGCUUUCGACAGUCGUCAGCAGGGAGUGCUAAAAGUGCGGAGGCGAGUCACCCUCAUGGUCGUCACAGUUAGUGCCAUAUUCGCAUUGUGUUGGAUGUCUGGAGCAGUCACCUAUCUUGUGGCUUUCUUUUCGCCCGUGUAUGGCGCUGGUGAUGUUGCAUAUGUCACGGAAUCUACAGUGGUCAUGUUUAAUUCCGCUGUCAACCCAAUCGUGUAUGCUUUGAUCAAUCAACAGUUCAGCAAGAAGAUCAAGUACAUGAUGUGCUGUAGAUGUCGCCCUGGGAUACACUCUGUUAGAAAAGAGCGGAACUUGGACGAUCUCAACCCAAGCGUAGUGCCAGUGCCAGAAAGAGAAGAGACCCAGUUGUAGCAGACUUAGUAAAAUUGACACAAUCGCGAGAAAUUUGAAAAAAGUACCGUCAGAGCAAUUUACAAUCUUGCUCCCAGAGGACCUCAUCCCAAACGAAAGGAAACGAUACAUGGAAUAAGUAAAUGAAAAACUAAAUGACUGCAUUCAUAAGUUGCGCUUGCACAACACCAUUUCCUUUGUAAUUUCUACUAAACGGUUAGUUCCGCCAAUUACAGGUACGGUAGUGACAUUGAAGUCGAUAACUGAGAAAUGACAAAACAACCCAGAAAUUGUUUUAGUUAAGGUAUAAGCGACGUGACGUGCCUCGUUAGUUACCAGGUCACUUUUAGAAGAUCAUUAUUUGUAAAAUUCUCUUUAAGUGCACCGAUCAUAAAAUAAAGCCCUGAACAUCCAAGCUUUCAACGUGUUGUAGUGUCGAAGAGAGUGUGUAGAGAGCGAAGAGAGUGCAAAGCUCAAUGAGUUUGGUGAAACAUUUAAGAAUUAUCAAGCUAAUUAAAUGACUAAGUCGAUUAUAGAUGAGAGAGGUGUGAUUGCAACCAAAACGCAACACCUAAUCAGAUUCCGUCCGUGCCAAACUUUUUACGCGAAAAUAGAUUAUUACUAUACUUUUACUUUGACCUUAGUUUUGAAAUAUUUUCACACUUCUUUCACGUAUAUAUAUCUCAUCGACUGUUAUAGUAUUACUAGCGAUAUGACAUCUGCAAGAACGCUUACAGGACAGGACUCCUGACUGUGUUCCACUAACAAGCAGUCUUCCCCCGCAACGUUGGUUUUAUCAUCAUCAUCAUCAU